GGCAGUCAGAGAGCAGAAAACAGACUUUACAUGGAGUGACAAGGGCACCAAAGAGCCUUAACCACCUCAGACAGCCUUAAACGUACGUUUAAAGUGUUUGUGUUGAGUUUUGUGUCAUUUCCCGGCGAACGAAAUGUCUCAGAGAGUUCGCAAAAACGGAUCUCCGACGUCUAACUGCAGCGGGGUGGCCGCGGGAAGCCCGAGCGGAUCCCCGGGGAUCAGCGCCGCUGGAGUGAGUUUGCUGGGUCGCCUGCUGCCCAUGAAAGCCACGGUUCCCUUCCAGCUGAAAACGCAGACACAGCACCCUCUACAGUCACGGACAGUCCUCGCCACCGGUAACGGUAAAUGCCACAGCAGCGGAACCCACAGCCGGAGCCCCACGCGAUCCCUCUCCUCCAGUGCCUCAAACGUUUCUGCAGCCACGUCCACUUCCUCUGCGACGUGCUCGCAGUUCAUCACUGCCACAGCUGUUUCCUCCGCUCCCUCCUCCUCCUCAUCUUCUUCAUCGUCAUCUUCAUCCUCAUCGAGAACUAGCCCCAUUAUCGCUGUGCACGCGUCAAAGGUACCUGUGCCACCCUCGUCAUCACCCUACACAGGUGUGCACUUGAGCCCCCAGUGCUGCUCUCCCUCCAGCUCGGACACUUCAGCCCUUACCUCUAAUUUAUCAGCCUCUCCGUCUUCACCCUCGUCGCUGUGGUCUUGCGGUCACAGGGCCAAACCCCUCCAGACCCCUGAACAUGACAGACUGUCUCCAGAGAGGCUCAGUCCCAGCUCACCUGUCUGCACAGACAAACAUAGGCUUCCUGUGGCAGGGUCUUGGUAUACCACCAGCAAUAACGGUAGCAUUCGUCGCACCUCUUCUUUGGACGCGCUCACGGCCCCUUACCUGUCUGGACACUGGCCUCGGGACGCCAACCACGCCCCUUGUGCCCCUUGCAUGAGGGACAAAUCCACCCAGACCCCCAGCGCCUGGGCCGAUGAAUGCGAAGAGAAGAAGAGGGGCUGUCACAAGCGCUCAGCCUCCUGCGGCAGCACUGACCAGCUAAAAGAGAUUGUGAAGCUGAGGCAGCAGCUCCAGCGCAGUAAACACAGCAGCCGUCACCAUCGCGACAAGGAACGCAAAUCUCCCUUCAAUGGCCACCAUGCUGCUUUCAGCCAAUCACAGGCUCCUAUUCCAAAGAGCGUCCUGAUCUCUAUUCCCAUCUCCAAGUCCUCUGUCUCUCGUUUUCGGAACAGCGUGGAGGGGCUGAAUCAGGAGAUCGAGCGCAUCAUUAUCCGAGACACAGGAGACAGAGAGGAGCAGCUCAUUCCUCAGGAGGCUCCAGAUGGGCAUCGGGCUCCUCCUCCUCUCUGCCAACGCAGCGCCAGCUCCCGCAGCAUUGACACACAGACGCCCCUGGGCAUGGCAGCGGGCAGUAACCACAGCAACAGCAGCAGCCGCUCUCAGUCCAUCUCACCCACGUUCCUGAACGUGCCAAGCGAGCCCUGCAGCGAUAGUCCAUCUCCACACGAGGACGAGACUCUGGCUGACGGCCGUGAGAAAGAUCUGGCCCCCAGCUCACCCCUACCCAAAUACGCCUCAUCCCCGAAGCCGAAUAACAGUUACAUGUUCAAACGCGAGCCACCCGAGGGCUGCGAGCGAGUCAAGGUCUUCACAGAGGAAACACAGGCCAGGCCUUCGCGGGAGAUCCCACAGUUCCUGUGCCCAGAUAGGAACAAGGUCAAUUUCAUCCCUAAGAGCGGCUCUGCGUUCUGCCUCGUCAGCAUUCCCAAACCGCUGAUGCCCACACAGGAGCUCAACAACCUCAAGAACCAGAGCGCCGCCCGUCUCACGCCCGAACCCGAGCCCAGAGUCUCGCGAAGAACCUGCAUGCUUUCCCAGCAGCCCUCAGGCUCCUCCCCUUCCUCCUGUCUGUCAGAGAGUUAGUCACGCCCCUCAAUGAGUGUCCUAGCAACUGCGUCCGCAUACUCUGCACAUUUCAAUAAUCAAACAUGAUGAAAAAAGAUUGACUUUUAGAGAACAAAGCGGUUGUUAAUAAUCAACGGCUGAGAAGAUAAAACGGUUGCCUUUUGCUAUGCACAUUUUUAGCUUUGUGCUCGUUCUCAAAGAACAAAGAGGCCAUUUUUGGGUGGGGGGUUGGGUUUGUGAUAAACGUAUUUAGCUUUUUCUUAUUCCUCUACCUUUCAUAGAUACGAGUGAACCUGAGAAUGUGUCUCAGAUCGCUAUAAAUACGAAUCUAAAUGAUGAUUCAGUGCUGAGGUGGCUACAUAGAUCCGUUUUUGUGAGACACAGUGUAUAUUUUAUAAUAGUUUGCAGUGGAUCGCGUUUGCGAGAAUCGUUUCUAGGACCAACACAUCAUUGAAUAAUGCCGUUUUGGAUGAGACCGAGAGACCUGUUAGAAUGAAUUCUGGGUUGAUGAAGGUCUCUGGGACUGAAUCGUUUUCAUAGUAGCCAUUCAGUCCGGACAAGGAGGGAACGGUUCUCAACGUUUUCUCCUCUUCCUUUCUCACUGGCGGUGAGGACACAGAAAUGUACUAAAGAUAAGACUAGCGAGUGCGAGAGAGAGCGUCACUUAACGGCUACAGGACGAGUUGCCUGUAAACCUGAUUCUUUUGUUUGCAUAGUUGUAAAAUGCGUUUCAAAUGCAUAUGGGUCCAAACUCUGAACUUCAAACCCAGCAGGGAACAAAGUGAAUGAGCUAGAGGAGGGCACCACAGGAUCUUGGUGGAUGUUUUCUCACCUCUCGCAAUGAUUAAGCCGAUUUAGCUCGAGGAAUGUUUGAAAGAAGGACACGACAAGUACAAAAUCGAACUGCGAAUGCAUAAAUGUCCAGGUAGUUAACAAUUCAGAUGUCUAUAAAAACAUUCACGUAAUGUUUCCUGUGAUAACCAAUGAAAUAGUUUACAGAGUCAGAGCACAAUAUUGUCAUUAGAUUGAUUUAAAUGCAUGCAUUCUGGGAAGUUUCAGUCUGUGUGUGUGUGUGUGUGUGUGUGUGUGUGUGAGUAGAUUUAAGCAAUUAAUUAAGCAAAAGGCACAGAUUUUCUCUCCGUUUCAGUGUCUAAAUGGCAUUUUCAUCAUGGAGCAGACUUUGCCAAAUCUUCCUUAGGCUGAUUUCCUAUGCUGUAGGAAUUAUUUUGUAAGAAAUCAAGUGGUGUCUGUUGAAAGAUUGUCGUUUUAUGCAGCUCACGCAAGUGCUUCUGUAGACUUGGCCAAAGAGAACAUUUCCUGUGGCACAGUGACAGUCAUUGUAAAUGGAGAAAGAUGGACUUAUAAGGCGACUUAAAGGAACAGUUCACCCAAAAAUGAAAUUGAGUCAUUUAUUUUUAGGCUACAUUCACACUCCAAGCCUCAGUACUCAAUUUGCUCAGAUCUGAUUUUUUUUUUUUUAUAGCAGCUCACAUUGUUGUUUUAAAUGUGGCCAAUAUUAGAUUUCCAUUGUGAACAGAUCAUGGUUCUGAACUGACCCGCAUGCACAAAAAACAAAGCAAAACCAAAAAAAAAAAAAAAAAUACGAAUAGGGUUGCCAGGUUUUCACAACAAAAUCCACCCAAUUACUUAUUAAAACUAGACCAAAACUAUCCUAAUCGCAUUCCGGGGGAUAAAUAUAGCGUUAGUGGGGUUGCUUCAACCCACAGCAACAGUGAAAAAGUAUCCAAAUUCCGCAGGAAAACUGUGGACUUGGCAACACUUGUGCAGUGUGACAUCAUACGGAAGUAAACACAGAGGACAUACCUGUACCUGUGGAAACUUUUCACACGUACCAAUAAGUACAUAUCACUGCAGUUUUCAACAGAAAUGAACAAUAGAGGUGGUAAAACAGUGAGCACUUGCAAUCAUUUCAUGCACAGUUAUGAUUACAGCUCAUAGCACGCUCAGUAGCUCAUUCGGCACAGAAUUGGACUUUGGAUGUGGAAUCCUUGGGUACAAGUCCUGCGAAAACAUGACCCAUGCGCAAAGAGAUUCAAGAUCGAAAAACAAGCUAAAAACGGCAUGCUUGCAAUUGCAUUUUUACAUCACAUUCAAUUUGUUCAUACUAUCAAGUAGGUUUAGGUGUUGUGCAGAUGGUACGUUAUUUUAAAAUCGCAAUUGAAAAGAUCAGAUUCCAAGUGGUUUGUGCUCACACAAUUCACACUGUGUUUAGAAAAACAGAUAUGACUCAUCUGUGAGCAAAAAAAAUUGAUUUGGGGCAUAUUUGCAUGCAGUAUGAAUGUAGCUAUGUUCACACUGAGAUACAAAUUUUUUUGUAUAGCUGAUUACAUUGUUGUUUUAAAUGUGACCAAUAUCAGAUUUUCAUUGUGAACAGAUCAUGGUUCCGAACUGACCCGCAUGCACAAAAAAAAAAUACAACCAGGGUUGCCAGGUUUUUACAACAAAAUCCACCCAGUUGCUUCUCAAAACCAGACCAAAACUAGCCCAAUCGCGUUCCUGGGGGUAAAUAUCACGUUAUUGGGGUUGCUUCAACCCACAUAGUUGAAAAACAUGGCAACAACAAAAAAGUAGCCCUAUUUCGCAGGAAAACUGUGGACUUGGCAACACUUGCGCAGCAUGCCGUCAUUUGUAUUUAUGUGAUAUGCUGCAAAACGCUAGACGAUGUGACAGUUUUGAAACUUUGAUAUGAGCUGUAAUGUUUUGCUUGUGUAUAGAGUUGUCACUGUAAUACUUAUUCUAGUUCUGGACACACAGUGUUGCCAAGUCUGUGGUUUUCCUGUGAUACUGGGCUACUUUAACACCAUUGCAGUGGGUUGUUUUUCAUAUUCGCGGGUUUAAGUGAAGCCAAUAACAUGAUAUUUAUCCCCUGGAAUGUGAAUUUUACCUGGGGAACCCUGCCAAAAAAGUGUAUUUUACCUCCCGAAAUGUGGUUUUUACAAGGGAACCCCCACUGAAACGUGAUUGGGCUAGUUUUGGGUAAUGGGCGGGUUUUGUUGCAAUAACCUGGCACCCUUGCUUCCACCGACUACCUUUCACUUAGUCUUAAUAAUUGGGCAUGUAAAAUCUGACUCUCAUGAGGACAGAAUCAUGAUGAAUGUUAAUCUAGAAUGACAUAAAAAUCGCAUGAAUUCCAAUUUGACUGUUCAGACUGGGGUCACAUUGAUAAACAUCUGACCUGUAUCAGAUUUAGUACCACAAAUCAGAAUUGAAAAGAUCAGAUUCCAUGUGGUUUGUGCUGUUCACACUGUUAUGAGAAAAACAGAUCUGAUUCAGAUUUGGGCCAUAUUUGCUUGCAGUGUGAACGUAGCCUUAGUCUUUCCAAAUUUGUAUGAUCUCCCAUCUUCUAUGUUUCUUUAAAUCAUGUUAUUUUGUGUUCCAAAAAACAAAUGUCACACAGGUUUGAAACGACCUGACAGAAUGUUCAUUUUUGACUGAACUCUGCCUUUAAUGGAUAAUAAUAGUACUACUCAUUCACUUCCAGGAGUAAUUUAGAAGUUUCAAGCUUUAAAGCUUAGAAGUGCUGUGGGAAGGUUGUCAGCGUAACACACAGGUCACGGACGGUCCGCUUUGGGACCAUGGUUUGGCAUGUGACCUUCUCUCACUUGUGUUUGGUGUGUUUGUGCUUUGUGUGCAGGGUGGGGUUCCUCACGGUUGUUUUGUUGGGAGGCAUUUUAGCAGAGUUCCUGUUUUUUCGUGUUCACUGUUGUAGUUAAGGUAUUGUUUUGAGCUUUAAACUAAAUGCAACAUGAACCUGGAAUAUCUUAGCACUUUUAUACCAGCAUUGUGAAUCGAGGCCUCUGUGUUUGAACUGAAAUAAUAAUCUCACAGCCUGUGAUUACUAUCGUAGAUCAGUACUCAGGAAUGUAAAAGCAGCAAUCUCUUUUGGCAACGGCACAAGAAUCCAAACACUUCUUGCUCAAAAACAAAUUGAUAACGUUUUAUCAAGCGCUUUGUAUAUCUCCUUAGGAUAUGUAUUGAAGUAGAGAACUCUCUCGCUGUAGGGCCAAUAUUAAUAUCCUUUUUUAUAUGGGUAGAGGCCUACUCUUUGUAAUUAGAGCGGAAUAUCAGUCAGAUAUUAAUAAUACAUACGUACAACUUCUCUAACACGGGACGGUGAUGUAUGAUGGGAUACUGUGUUGUAUGCGGUCUGUCUCAGUGGAUGUUUCUCCACAUACACCAUGUAGUCUCCUGUGUUGUUACGUGUGUAUGGAACUCAAGAAAAUAAAGUUGCACUCGCUCCAAUUGUCUGAGGGUGUUAUUUGACGUGUGAGUUGAGUUUGGGGUUAACUGUUUUUCCAAUAAUGAGAUGUCUUUGUUGGAUGAUGUGAAGUAUGAUCAUUAGCUGGUGCUGGUAUCAAAGAGAGCCCAAGAAUAUUAAACAAAGCCUUCCAAGGGUCAUUAGAAAUGUGUUUCAUCUCUUGCUGAGAACAAAAAUGUGGAGUAAUGAAAAUAUUUGCAUUUUGGCACCAGACCUCUAACAUGUGUUUCGGAGGCUCUCUCACACACCACCUAGUGGUAAUCAUGCUGUAAGAAUGUAACAUGAUGGACACAAAUCAAGAGUGACACUUCACAUAUGGAAAAAAAUUUUACUCACCCUAAACUUCUAAAAGGUAGUAUAGACAUAUCGAAUUGGUACACACUCCACUGUUUCACCCGAACUAGGGAAAAAAGAAAUCAAAAAGUUAACACCAAUGGAUGAUUGUUGACCAUAUUUAUAUACAAUCACUGAUCAUGUUCA